AGUUAGGAAAAUGAAGGAGUGCAGUACUACGUAUUCCUAUUAGUAAUCAAAGGCUACAUUUUGAAGAAAGCAAGAUGCUGAUAGUACAUAGAUUAAAACAAACAAACACCAGCUCCCCUCUUAGUUUUGCCCCAGGGUAAUCAGAGUUCAACCUACACUUAAAUAUUAUCUUAUCAAAACAACAGAGUAAUGUACUUUAUCCUCAUCCUCUCUUAGAUUUGAAAUGCAGGAUGGGGUAGUAAUAACUGAGCAAAACCAGCCAGACUGCAGUGCUGAAACUGUUGUAUGGACUCUUCCAUGGAUCCUUCAAGGUGAAGAGUCUUUUCUAUAAGCUAAGCAAUGGUGGUGUCUGAAUAGUAAAAAUGUAAUGGUGUUGAAUUUCCAUUGCAAACACUGAGAUGAUAAUGGUAUGAUUUUGAUUAUGAUAAUCUUGAUUCCCCUUCUUUGUAAGGCAGCUAGAGAAUAUGGAGAAAGAAUAAGCUGCUCUUGUGAAUGCAUUGCAGCAGAUGAGUUUUAUACUCACUCUAUUCCACUUAAAUAGCGGAGUUUGUGCUUUUUACAGUAGCAAGUGUUAUAAACAGUUCUCUUUUCUUCUAGAAGAGGUUGUUUGGGCUCUAGAAGAGGUGAUUUACUCAAAAUGGUCUCGGAUAUUGUGAGCAGGUGGUGUUGGGAAGAAAUUAGCAAUACUAUUAGUAGGGCAUAAAGUAGUUGAGAGAAAAUGAUAAAAUUCAGUUGUUCAGUGAACUCUCUUUGUCAGUUAAGUGACUAGUUACGCAGAAAUAAGAAGUAGGAGGCAGUGAGUGUCCUGAUUUAAAAAAUGACUGGGAAUUUGGUGUCACUGGAGUGUGACUUCUGCCUUAAGGAAAUUCAUACCAUUGUUUGAGUAUGCUGUUGGGCAAGUUUCGGAGCAGUUAUCAAAAUAGGUUGGCAUACCAAUUUAACUUCCCUAGCCACACUUUAUUCCCUGCCUUUUGCUAUAAAUAAAUUACAAUUUCAAACUGCUUAUCUUUUAUUCUAAUUUACCAUUAUGGUAACAAUAGAUUCCUGCAUGAAGUGUGUAGUACUGUGUUGUUCUGGAGGCCUUUAUAUUCCUGAUAUGCCGAAGUCACGUAGGACACAGACUGUUUUUUUUUUUUUUUUAAAACUAUACUUUCUAACCCAAAACUGAAAUGACACUUCUUUGGAUAACUUGGCUACAGUAUUCUGCGUGGUAGUAUUCCGUGGAGUUGUUGGGACUGGUGUUAUAAAACCUGUGUUUUGAUGUUUUCUGCUCUUUAUAAUUUUCCUCUAACAAAAUGAAAUUAAUGUGCCAAGUUAGGCAGAGAGGGAGAAAGAAUAAUUAGAUGCAGAUAAGGUAGGCUAUCACAUUUAAUGGCAAUAUUAUAUAAAUUUAAUAACUAUUAUAUGCAGUGAAUGGAGAAGGAAGAGGUGGAGGGAUUAUAGUUUUUAUUACAAACUGGAAAUGUCAGGCUGUUUUUUAUCUGGUGUUGAUCAUCAGUGUGAGGUGACCAAGAGGAGUGAAAUACAGUAUGAGACUGCUACCUGAGCAUCUCCAGGCAUCCCAGUGAGCAUGUGCACAGCUGGUAGAGGAAACUCUUAUCCCUCCUGCUGCUGGUAGAUAAGCAAACAGCGUGAGGUCUGCUGGCCUACUGCAUGGAGCCAACCACUGAGGUUGUAAAUAAUUGGGAUAUCUUUCUUUUGGUUUUUCACGUGUGAGAACAUCAAAAAGUGUUGUCUCACCUGGAAAAACUGGACAGCGAUGGUCUAACAAUUCCAAAUUCAAAUGAACUAAGGAGCUGGAUAGGGAGCGUAAUAUGGGUUUGCCUGUCACGUACAGGACAGCAGAGCACUACAGACAUGUUUGAACAUAAAUCAUCUUUACUGUGACAUGUUUUAUUCUUCACAAAGCUGUGUGGUAAGUUAAUAGCACUGUAUGUGGAAACUUCCUUCUUUUGAAGAGCUGUGGAAGCGAAAAUGCUUUAUGUUUUCACGUUGGAUUUUACAUCUAGUAAGCCUUAAACUUUCAUGUGAGCUUUAACAGGACAGGAACAUCUUAAACUUCCCAAUUAUCCCUCUGCUCAAGGAGGCAGGCAGUGUGUUUGAAACGAAGUAAACAUUGACCAAAUAUGAGCAUGAAAAUAGUGAGGUGCCUGAGGUCUGAUGAAAGCAAAGGAAACUGGUGAUUGAACUGGUGGUGUAUUCAUUAGAAAAGUGAAUGUAAUUUGCUACACAUAAUCUCCAAGCUGUUUGUCACCAAUAUGUCUAAGCACAUACAUUUUCCUCUUUAACGUGGUGAGUUUUGUGGACCAGAAAUGUCGUUUCUGUCUGAUAAUGGCUAGCAGUAAAGAACAUGUGCAAACACAGGAUAGUUGGUUUCAUCUAGAAAAAACCAAACUCUGUUUCUACUAAAUUACUAUUAGAAGUUUCUAGGACUUCUUUUUUUUCUUUUUAAUAUAGUAAAUUAAUACCUGAUUUUCCUUUUUUUAAUCUACAGAUAUUUGUUAGAAUAGCAUGUUUUGAUUAUUUUCUUAAAAAAAGAAAACAACCAAAAACUGUGCAAGGUGAAAGGAACGCUAUGAAAUAACAGUGAUUAAAUUCAGAGAGGUGAAGUGAUUCCUAAGUAUAGGAAACUAUAUAUUUUUUUUUUGUAAUCCUGAAAACACCACCCAAGGAAAACAACUUAAGGUAGAACUACAAAACAAAACCUCAGGCAGUGUCAGUUUGUUAUUGCUAUAUGUUAUGCAGCUAUGCAAACAAUCCUUGUCUGCUCCUAUGUAAGCAGUGUGAGAACUUGUUGAGUUGGCCUGUUGCGUUCUGUGCUGUCAUACAGUCUUAAGUAUGUGAAUAGCUGAUUUUGGGCACUUUCUUGACUGAAUCUUACAUUGGAGAGCCUAUCUAAUUCAAGGUUUGAAGAAUGAUGGCUAAAAAAAGCAAGUAAAAAUGAGACAAGUUGUAGGGGGGAUCUGAGGAAUGAGAUAAAAAUUUACUUAGAGCCCCAUCAGUCAGGGAGGAAAUUCAUGGGUAACUUAAUUGCUGCAAUGUUGUUGAAAACCCAGCAAAAGAAAUUGAGUAAUGAAACAUUACAUAGAGCUGUAUUUCUGAAGGGCAUAGUAGAAUGGUUUCUACUGUUCUGUUUAGGCUCAAACGUUUUCUGAAACUUCAGUCAACCUUUUUCCCCUGACUGCUGCUUUCUGUCAUGUCAGAGGAUGAAGUUUUUGCUGCUGCAGCAGAAGUACCUGGAAUACCUGGAGGAUGGCAAGGUCCUGGAGGCACUUCAGGUUCUACGCUGUGAACUGACGCCUCUGAAAUAUAAUACAGAACGCAUUCAUGUCCUCAGUGGGUACCUGAUGUGUAGCCAUGCAGAUGACUUGCGUGCAAAAGCAGAGUGGGAAGGGAAAGGAACAGCUUCCAGAUCUAAACUUUUGGACAAACUCCAGACCUACCUACCCCCAUCAGUGAUGCUUCCUCCAAGGCGUUUACAGAACCUGCUCCGUCAGGCUGUGGAACUACAACGGGACCGGUGCCUAUAUCAUAAUACGAAACUAGAUAGUAAUCUAGAUUCUGUCUCGCUGCUAAUAGAUCACGUUUGUAGUAGGAAACAGUUCCCAUGCUAUACACAGCAGAUACUAACGGAGCACUGUAAUGAAGUGUGGUUCUGUAAAUUCUCCAACGAUGGCACUAAAUUAGCAACAGGAUCGAAGGACACAACUGUUAUUAUAUGGCAGGUUGAUCCAGAUACUCACCAGCUAAAACUACCUAAGACAUUAGAAGGUCACGCGUAUGGGGUCUCUUACAUUGCUUGGAGUCCGGAUGACAACUACCUUGUUGCCUGUGGCCCAGAUGAUUGUUCUGAGCUUUGGCUCUGGAAUGUAGAAACUGGGGAGCUGAAGACAAAGAUGAGCCAGUCUCAUGAAGACAGUUUAACAAGCGUGGCCUGGAAUCCUGAUGGGAAGCGUUUUGUAACGGGAGGUCAGCGUGGACAGUUCUAUCAGUGUGAUUUAGAUGGUAAUCUCCUUGACUCCUGGGAAGGGGUGAGAGUACAAUGCCUUUGGUGCUUGAGUGAUGGGAAAACUGUUCUAGCAUCGGACACACACCAGCGAAUUCGGGGUUAUAACUUUGAGGAUCUCACAGACAGGAACAUAGUACAAGAAGAUCACCCUAUUAUGUCGUUUACUAUUUCAAAAAAUGGCCGUUUAGCUUUGUUAAAUGUAGCAACUCAGGGAGUUCACUUGUGGGACUUACAAGACAGAGUUUUAGUGAGAAAGUAUCAAGGUGUUACACAAGGAUUCUACACAAUUCACUCGUGUUUCGGAGGUCAUAAUGAAGAUUUCAUCGCGAGUGGUAGUGAAGAUCACAAAGUAUAUAUCUGGCACAAGCGUAGUGAGCUGCCGAUUGCGGAGCUGACGGGGCACACACGUACAGUCAAUUGUGUGAGCUGGAACCCGCAGAUUCCAUCCAUGAUGGCCAGCGCCUCCGACGAUGGCACUGUUAGAAUAUGGGGACCAGCGCCUUUCGUAGACAACCAGGAUAUUGAAGAGGAAUGCAGUAGCAUGGAUAGUUGAUGGCGAAUUUGGAGCAGACGACUUCAGUUUAACUUAAUUAGUCGUAUUUUAAAUGGCUUGGGAUUUGGUGCAAACAAACAUGAUUGAUAGCUGGACAGACAUGCUCGUCAUGAAAAAGAACCAUUUCUGAAGCCCGGUUGGGGCCAAACAUUUACCACCUUGCUUCAUAGUAACCAGUCGAGAUGAAGCACGUCCUUAGAACUUUGUUGGACACCGUGUUGAAAUUACCCCCCCAUCGGUUGUGAAGAACUGUGCUACAUUCAGGCUAACCAUUGAACUCAGUAUAUAUAUUUUUCCCUCCUGCCUUUUUGUCUGGCAGGCUACUGUUCUUGUUGCUCUUCUGUGUAAUGAAGUUUAAAUGCUUGUUUGGAACACUUUAUUUAACAGUUUAGAAGGCUUGAUAGAAAGAGUGCUUUAGUCUGAAGAGUAUACAUUGGAUAGGAAAGUAUUUCCUUCUCUUGUUUCUCAAGUCUCUCUCCGCCUUACUUAGCUUGAGAUCUUUGCAGCUUGGUUCAUGGAUUCUAGCCUUGCCCGUUGCGCAGUAUAUAUAUAAAUUGAGAUGAUAAACCAAUGAACAAUGUCAAAAGCACUCUCAGUAUCACAUUUGACAAAAAGUUUUGUACUUUUCACAUAGCUCGUUGCCCUGCAAAGGGGUUAACAGCACAAUUUUUUAAAAAUAAAUUAUUUAUAGGAUUAAAAUGACUUCAUUUGUAUACAUUUGGAAUUAAAACAAUGCAAGAAGUGUCAUGAAACACGGUAUCACUGAUGCUUUUCUGGAGUGUCUUGAGACCCAAUCAGAAGCAGUGGCUGGAAGGAGCUUUGUGUAGGCAGUGAAGCUUGUUUUAGAUGGAGGAACUCACUGUCCAUCUUAACAGAUAAAUUGUAUUAUUUAGGAAAAAAAAAAGGAUGUUCAGACUGCACCACCAGACUAAGUUUAAACAAGGAAAGGUCUUUUUGGGUUUUUUUAAAUUACAUAAAUAUAUGCAACAACGCUGUUGUAAAAGGUAGACUGCACUUCAAGGGAGGAGUGUGUUGAAAGGUCCUUUCUUCACAAAGUCAACAUUUUGUAUAAGUAAUUAACAUACAAAUCAUAAUUAAACACUUGUAUUACGAUGGAAAUUUUUCUUUAUUUGAUAAACAAAGGUGUAUAGAUUUCUGUGUUGAGAAUAUACUUUUAAGUUUAUGGAUUUAAAUGCCCCUCCCAGACCUUGUUGCAAGCUGGUGCUGUAAACAACUUGACACAUCUAGGAAUAGUUCCACUAAUAUCCCAUGUUAAGGAAAAAACAGAGACAUUUAUAAUUUAAAUAUUUAUUCUUUUUGGUGUAAACAGAUGGCCUGGCAUCUCUGUGCUUCUGCACUACACACAAAUUCAUUAUGGGAUGGCACUGGAUUCCCUUUUGCCACCGUGGGUGGAAAGGUAGUGUUGGUACUGCUGCGAAGUAAAGAGGGAGCAGGGAAGGGCAUGCCAUGCAGUCGUGUGAACAGAGGUGUGGACUUCAUCCUUUAAUGAGAUAAUAAUCUAGUGUUCUUAUUAGUCAUGUGUGGAAGAAGGAUGGGGGAAGGUUUGCCGGAAUUCCUGGGAAAAGUGUAGCCACUUUGAUGAAUGGGAAUGUGGUAUUUCCCAGAAAACCAAAGUGAAGGUUAGAUUUAUUUUUUUUUCUUUUUAGAUUCCAGCCAGGUGGUUGGUGUUUUUCUUGCCUUGUGUGCAAACUUACGUGUGAGUUAAGAUUCUGAUACUAUGGUUGAGACCAGCCCCAAAUCUGACCUUAGUCUUUCAGUACCUCCAAAACCAGGUAGGAACUUAAUGUUCUUAUCUGCAGUCUACAGUACAUCAGCCUUAAAGUUAAGGUGAAUGCUUUGAUAGCAAUUACUGUUCCACAGUACUGGGAAUACAUAUGUGAACUUGACACUAUAAAUCAUUUCCCCCUUCCAUGAAUUAGUUCUGGAGGAAGCUCUUUGUUUCUCUUCCUAGGUCAGACAGUGUAGGAUUAGUCAGGCUUGUUCCUAUGGUGUUGGUGUUGCAGGGAAACAGACAAGUUCCGAAGAUCAAAUUUGAGUAAGCCAAACCUUUGGGUUUUAAAGAAAAAUUAACUACCUAAAUUGUAAACAGUGUGUUACAUGUUCAAAGCACGGUAUAAUUCGUAAGCAAUGCCAGUAUGUGAAGCUUUGGAAGUUAUUCUAGUAUUGUCUUACUCUGGAACUUGUGUUUUCAAACCAAACAUUGUUUAGGGAGAUUAAGGAGAGUAAUGGUUUUGAUGUCUUUUAAUAAUGUCUCAUACAAUGGUCUGGCACUACUUGCUUACCUCAUGGGAAUAAAGUGGGAACUCUAGGGAGGUGGUGAAGGCUGGAUCAAAUCUCAAGUGGAGAUUUAAAUUCUCAUAUGCACUUCAACAGGCAUUUUUAAUGUGGUGGCCAUAACUAAUCAGAGUGGGACUCCUUACGUGGCACAAGCUGUGUGGGGGUGUGUGUGUGCUGGUGCCUGGUUUCCACUGCAAUGAAAUUAGAAAUUUAAACCUAGUACUUCUGCCCAAAUACUGCCUGUCUCUUCAGUACUUGGUUUGUACCCAUAAAGGACACUUCAGGUAUUACGAAGCAGAGUUAGGGAGAGGCAUGUGUUCCGAACUCUCUCCUUUAGUGUCGUGGUGCAGCCAUGCCAUGUAAAGGAAAGCUCCAAGCAGAUGGCACUGCUUCCAGAGUGUCUCAGUCACAGGUGUUGCAUCGCUGUCAGCGCCUCACGGGUGAUGAGCAGAGAGCAGAGAAAGGUGAGACUCGUCUGCAUUUUGCCACACUACUUGGUCCCACAGCAAACUGCCGUUAUAGGUGUAGCAGCAAUGACUACCAUUCCAACCUGGAGAUGAAAGAGGAACCUAAACCAUUUCAAACACAUCACAUAUUCACAAUAUGUGAAUUGAAAAGUACCAAUACUUUUUGUGCACAGACUGUAAAAUGAGACUGGGGUGGGGUGGGGGAAAAAACCCAAAUAAGUUUGCUCGUUUGCAGCGUGUUGAUUUCCAUGUGCUUAAAAAUGUUCAUAGGCUGGAGUCUAAGGCUGGAACAAGUACACACCCACAAUAAAUUACUGUAUUUCUAGUCAACAGACCGAUGGUUUUAGAGAGGAAAAUACUGUAAGCGUGUACUCAUUUAGUAACUUUCUCUGAUCACCUCUUGGCUUAAAAUAUUCACAGUAGCCCCAGGUUACUAUCAAGGCAGAUCUUGGAAAAAAAAGAAGUGCUGAAGCAUUUUAUUAUCUGAAUGUUCUUUAGCUGUUCAGGUAAGUAAUUUUCAAGGGCACAAUGGAGCACAAAAGGGAAAAUGGUAGCUGUGUUCUUGUUUUGGAGGGGAGGGUAGUGGGGGAAAUGACACCUUUGUUUUUAAAUUCCCUCUGUCUUUUCUAAAGUUCUCCAACUUUAAAGUUAACUUCUCUUUAUGAUUGGAGCAAAGAUGCAAGCUAGAAAUCUACCCAGAUCUUGCCAGUUACUUCUCAACUUGGCUUCAAACAGGUAAUGUUUAAUAAAACUCCGUAUGCUGUUGGGAGUUUGUGUCUAGUUGUGUAACUUCUACACUGCUAAGUGAUACUCCCACCCAAAGUCAGUUUUAAAGGCUUCCUUAGCAGGAAACCGGGACUCGAACAAUUAGCUGUAGCUUGAGGGGGAUAUGUUGUAGACCCAAAUGGGGAGGGAGGUAGAGAGAGAAGAAUGGACAUAAAAAGCAGAAUUUACUGAGCAACAGACAAACUACUGUAACUCAAGGGGGAGGAGGAAAAAUGCACUUUCAAUAGUUUGUCCAUAUUUUUAGCUACAAAGUACACUUGUAUCUGAUUUUUUUUUUUUUUUUGAGAUGACUUAAGAGGAACACCCAUCCCAUAAAUGGCUAAUCCUCCUUUUGACCUCCUCCUGUCUUUUCCACAUUGGCUUGAGUCCAUUUUCAGCUGCCAUACUUAAUUUUGAAAACUGCUACUUUUAACAAUGUUUAGAAAGAAAAAUCAUUAACUAUGACACUUUUUUUAAACAGGGUGGACUUAAUUGAAGUGUGCAGUGUUGAACUACUGCUGCAGUAGCUGCCUCUAGUUGUUGAAAUAAACUGUAGACAAGUUUUCUGUCAAUUAAUCCAGAUAAUCUGGAUUCAGUAAAACAUCUGUGAGAGUGUUCCUCCCAUCUGGUAUGAAUGUGUGUGUGCAUGUGUUCCAUGAACAGACAGAGAACCAAAUGUUCUAGGUACUUGUCAUGUUUUAUUGCAUACUUUAAGUCGUGUGUAUGUGAAGUGUCCUUUGACCAGAAGGUUUUGGUUAAUAUCAGUAUAUUUUUAUAAAUUUGAAAUUCAUUGUGCCCCAUCUUUUUUCUUAAACAUUUUUCAUUCUUAGGGUAUAUGUGCUAGAUUUGAAACUUAACAUUUUUAGGCACAGAUGGAAAAAGUUAUUGGCUCCUUGAAAACAUAUGGGACAAAAUGGAUCCUCAAAGCAUGUAUGUACUUACAAACCAAGCUGUAGAGAUCAAGAAAAGAACUUUAUUGUUGAUCUCAAGAUUUCUAAAUUGUCAAGAUUUAUAUGGAGUUGUGGUGGAACUAGUUAACACUUAGAGCUUUUGGUAUGUAAUGACUAUUUGCUAUGGACUGAUAUUAAAUGUUUCAAAGGAUUGCGUUCUUAAACUUUCUGGAUUUUUGUUACUCUCCUCGGAUAUUAUUAAGUAGUUAAAAUUUCUUUGCUAUAUUACAUUAAAAACAUAAGAACUUUGGGUCUCGUAUUUAUUUUCACUUGUUUUACUAAUUAUUUACAGAACACCGUUUUAACUUUUUUAUUUUAUAAAUGUGUAGUAUUUUAAACAUAUCUUUAAAAAUUGUUCAAUUGGAACUACAUUAACUUCUGAUUUGUUUUUAUUAGGAUUUUUAAAAAAACAAAAACAAAAACAACACUUUUUCCAUGUUGGUGCACAGCACUUAACAGAAAUGUUUGUAUUCCCUUUCUUUCAAUUCAAUAAACAAUAAAUAACUGGAAUGAA